AUUCACUAUUAAUCUUCUGUUGAACUAGAAUGAGUAGGUCUGCAAGUGCGCCAAGAUUCUAUUGUGCGCAAAAUAUCCAUAUUGUGCUUUGAUCCAGAGAUCAUUUUUUUGUGUGUUGUGAGGUUCCUCUAUGUUUGAAGGUCCUAGGUCAAUUUAUAGAAAAAUAAAUCAGAAAAAUAAAAGUAGGCUGGUUCAGGGUCAGCUAGUUUGGUUCUUAGAUACAAAAACGGAGAACCGAUUAUUAUUGAAUAAAUUCCUAAUACUUAGUUUAGAACCUACUCAUCCUGAAAUCGAUGAUCCUAAGAGUAAGUCUUAUCUUAAGGAGACUUCAUGGGACAAUUUUACCUCCCUAUAGAACAUUCCAAAUGAGUAAUAUUCUGUUUUCCUUGAAUUGUUGGACCAUUAAUCCUAGAAAGUGUAUUCCCUUUCACCUCUAACUCAUUUUCUCCCUUCUUUAGCAAGAAAAAGAAAAAGAAAGAAAAGCUCAUUUUCUCUUUUCAAAGCUUUAAAACUUGACCGGGUCUUUAUUUGAAAAAAAAAAAAAUGAGGAAUAAAAAAGUACAGUGAAAGUUUGAGCAUUUCAACUAUAUUGCUACUUUUUACCUGCUCUCAACUCAUGAUAAUUUCAAUCAUCACAGUGAAAAAGAUACCAAAAUCCAUAAUAUGAUACUUCUUAAGAUCUUUUACAUGAUAUCCAAUAGUUAUAAUAAAAAAAAAAGAAAAAAAAACAAACGUAGUUCAUUCUGACACAUGAAAACAAUCAAAUGAGGCGAGCUAAUACACGCAUAUUAGGAGAUUCGCCUAGCUUUAAAUCACUCGUUUCUUACACCUUUUGUGAUACAAACGACAAAUUUGUUCUUGAAAAUGUGAUUAAUCAAUUUAACCUGACUGAGCACAAAUUCAGCCGAUAAUCCUAUUCUACUUCUAUUUAAUUGGAUUAUAAAAAAAAAUCUUUGCAGUGAUAUUCUCAAGGUCAGCCCUCCAACAAAAAUGGGGAAAAGCACUAAACGCCAUUGUUUCAAACCUUGGUCGUCUCUGAAUUUUCCUCAGCAGCAGCUUCCUUUUACUUCCUUUCUUAUCUUCUUCUCCUUCUUCCAUGGAAUCAGUACCUACUUUCUAAUCGUUCAGAUUAACAUGGAGAAAGAAAAGAGUGCAUAAAAAUAGAGCACUGAGGAAGCAUCCACUCUUCCGUUUGGUGCCAUCUAACAAUUUAUAGCUCUAUUUCAAAGACAAGAUAUCAAUCAAGUGGUCUCGGCACGGAAUAGAUGAAAGAUAAAUAACCACGAGCAUUUGUUUAUCUCAACCUCAAAUUUCCAACUUAGUAAGAAUGACAAUUUUAAACAAAAUUGAAAUAUAAAAUCACAUCCAUAAUUACUAGCUCGGUCCUUUCUUGACGUCUUUCAUGCAUUUCUAAUUCUGUUUCAACUCACUUAUUACCUUUUAAAUGAAUUAUCAAAUUCUGAUUUUCAAUAACCAAAUAAAAAAUGAACCUAUGCUUAUAUUUUUAUUUGGAUGCAAUAUACUUGUGCACAGAUUCUAGUUCUUAAUAGCCCAAUUGAAAAAUUAUGGUACAUGCUACUCGUGAGUGGAUUAAGCCAACAAGCUUGACUUGAAUAGGGUGAGGUCCAAAAGAAGAUAAGGCAAGGACUAAAAGCAUAUGCAGCUGCUCCUAAUCGAUCAAUUACCAAUUAAUUAAAGAUUUCAUGUUCGUUUUUUCUUGUGUGGUAACAUAUUCAUGUUCGUACUUGUUCAUAGAGAUUAGUUCAUCCAUCCUUUUAUGCAGCAAAAAAGCAUCUUUCUUUCCAACUGUUGCCCUCAGAUUCCCUUGCACAAAGGGCAGAGUCAGAGAAAGAGGAAAAUUGAUAACAAUUCAUUCCCUUUUUCACUUUUAAUUCGUAUUCAUGAAGGUUUCUAUGUGUAAUCAAUUCAUAAUUCAAAACCCUAUUGGACUAAAUAUCGUUGCUUCCUUCUAAAAGUAAGCCCAAACACUUAAUUCCCUUCUUUUCUAUUUUUUUCCUAAAUUAUCUUUUAGUUUUUGAAUAUUUCGCAUACUUAUUUUUUCAUUGGUUUACUGACUUUUCAAGAGCAGAAUGAUAUGCUAACAAAAUUGUAAUAAAAAAUGACCCAGAAGAGAACUUAAGGACAGUGUACAAGUAUUUCAUAUAUCCUUAGUAAAUACUAAUGCGAUAUGCUCAUUUGGUGUCAUUUAACAAAUCAUAGCUCAAUUUUGCAGACAAUAUAUCAUUCAAUAAUUUAAAUUUGAAAGUUUGAAGUGAAUAGUUUGGUAAAAUCAUAUCAUAAAACUUUGAUAAAAUUAUUGGCAUGUGGGGCCAGCAUGAGAAAAAUAAGAGAGAAAUGACAACGACCAUUUGUUCAUCUCUACCUCGCAUUUCCAACUUCGUUAAGAAUGACAGUUUUAAAUAAAAUUAAAAUAUGAAAUCACUGAAUUUGAACCAAAACAUAAAAGAAGUGAAGCAACUGACCGGAAACGAAUAGAGAAGCAACAUUCACAUAAGGAAUUAAGAACAUAAGCCAACGAGCAUUUGCAGAAAAGCAUUCUAAAAGCAUCUUUCAUUGUUCUCAUUUGAACUUUUCCCUCUUAGAUUGCCAUGGACAAAGAGCAGAGUCAGAGAAAGAGAAAGAGAGCAGAGGAAGAGAGCACUGAUGGAGCAUCCACUUCUUCAUCGAUCUCUCUAGAAGCUACUGGUGUAGGUAGCAGUCAAUAUGGCGUGUUCUUGAGCUUUAGUGGCUCGGAUACUCGCAAGACAUUCACUGAUCACCUCUAUCAUAGUUUGCUUAAGGCAGGGACUGUACCGUUUUCCGUGUUUAGGGAUGAGAAUAGCAUCUCAAUUGGUGAGAAUUUUGGUUCAAAGAUUCUUGAUGCCAUUGCACAGUCUAAGAUUUCAAUCCCUAUCAUCUCUGAAAAUUAUGCUUCGAGCAAAUGGUGCCUCCGCGAGCUCGUUCGUAUCAUGGAAUGCAAGAAGAGCAUGUCGCGCAUAGUGUUGCCUAUAUUUUACAAAGUUGCCCCAUCGGAUGUGCGGCAUCUAGAAGGAAAUUUUAAAAAUGCCUUCGAAUCGAGUCGGAAGCAUUUUGAUGAGAAGGAUAUCCAAGAAGUGCAACGAGCACUUAAUGAAGUCGGUUACUUAAAUGGAUGGGAAUCUGAGAAAUUUGCUAACGGGCACGAGGGAAAAUUGAUGGAAUGUGUGGUCGAAAUUGUUAGAAGCAUAUUACGGGAAGAUUUUCUACUGGAUGUGCCUAAGCAGCUAGUUGGACUUGAUGGUCAUAUGAAGGAAAUUAUGACUUGGAUUGACAAUCCUUCCAUGAGUGCUCGAAUGAUUGGAAUUUAUGGCAUGGGCGGGAUAGGCAAGACAACUCUUGCCAAGUGCAUCUACAAUAGACUCUUGAAUAAAUUUGGGCAUGUUAGCUUCCUUCCAGAUGUUCGAGAAACUGCCAAGCGCCACAAUAUUAUGUAUCUACAACGUCAAUUGAUAUCGGAUAUACUAAAAGACAAGAAUGAAGUGUCUAGAAUUGAUGAGGGAAUUAAUAUAAUCAAAUCGAUUCAGAGGAAAAAAUGUUCUCAUUCUUCUAGAUGAUAUAGAUGAGAAGAAUCAACUAGAUGCGUUGGCUAGGGAACGUGAUUGGUUUAUGGCAGGAAGUCUGAUCAUUGUUACUACCAGAAAUAAAGCCAUUCUUGAUCAA